CUUGCUUUCUUCCAUCUCAACAACGACCACGACAGAAGUUCCCAUGCAGGUUCAUGGUCUACUUUUUUUAGCUCCGGAAAGUCGUCUUAGGACAUACAUGCGGAUCUCCGACCUUGCCUGCCACUGAACCAUUGCGGAUUCCAUCGCCAAAUCGCCGAUGCCUGGCGACCCUCCGCCCAUGGCGGCUCACGCAGACAGGGAGAGCCUAGAGAUCUCCGACGACUACUCAGACGAUGGAUUCCCACCCUCGCCUCCAGGCUACUCCUACCGAUUGAACAGGUACACUCGCCCGCUCAUCGACUACGUGCGCAACGAAUGGCAAACGAGCGCCAAAUACACCUCCCUCUCCCUUUCCCCCGGCGGGACCGACUCCCCGCGAUGGGUGCAGAUGUUCAUGUCUAUGGUGACGGCGCCGCGUUUUCGCCGAUACGCUAUUAUAUACCUGGUGCUCCUGGUGUCUUGUCUGGCGGGGUGGAUGUUUGUGCUCUCGCCGCGGCUGGAGGAACAUGAGGCGCUGCUGCACUCGUUAGACCCGUCGAUCAAGGACGAUGUUGGGGGUUGGUUUGGUACGAACGCACUGCCGAGAUUCGAUAAUAUCACGCAAUUGAGGGAUCUGGAUGCUUCGUUGUUGCCUGCGGUCAAGGCGCAGAAGGACGGACAGCCUAGCUCGCGGAGGUUGAUUUUCAUCGGGGAUGUGCAUGGCUGCAAGGAUGAGCUGGAACUCCUUCUUGACGAAGUCUCCUUUGACCACGAGCGCGACCACCUCAUCUUCGUCGGCGACAUGAUCAACAAAGGCCCCGACAGCCUCGGGGUCGUCGACCUGGCCCGCAAGUACAGCGCCUCCUGUGUCCGGGGGAACCACGAAGACCGGGUGCUGCUGCUCCGCCACGACAUGGAGUCAUCAAAUACCCUCUCUCCGGACUCGGACGGCGGCAUCAGCCCAGAUCUCUUCUUCGGGCUGAAAAAGAAGGAGCGUGCGCUCGCGCGGCAGUUGUCCAGCGAACAGGUGCAGUGGCUUGGCGCUUGCCCCGUCAUUCUGAACGUGGGCCAGAUCCCCGAAAUGGGACAGGUGGUCGUCCUGGACAAGCAGGAUGCCUCCAGCGUGAUGAACAUGCUGACCAUCGAUCUGGAUACGCAUGUGCCUAGCUCGACGCGGAAGGGAACGAUGUGGACCAAGCUGUUCAAUAAACAUCAGUCCCUGCUGUACUCUAGUCUGGAGGGUUCGGUGCCGGACCCAAAGUCGCAGGUUAUGACCGUGAUUUACGGUCAUGAUUCGAAAAGUUCCUUGUCUCUCAAGACGUAUACCAAGGGUCUGGACUCUGGGUGCGUCAAGGGUGGGAAGUUAACGGCUAUGGUUGUCGAAGACGGCGGGAAGCAGAGCAUCAUCCAGGUGAGAUGUCGCGAUCAUCGGGACGAGUAGUUUCGGAUUCUCAUGCAUUGUCUGGUGUUGGGGCGUCAAACAAUCAAUCUCGUCAAGGGUCAUGAAUAUAAUACGGAUACAUUUUCGGCUGGAACUUAUCUUACAUUGUCCUCGGAGUUGAACGAGUAAAAAUAAAAUGAGAUUUGAUGACCAUCGUGAAAGCACUAAGUCGGGGCCGACCGAUUCCAACUCCCAUCAACGUCCCAGACAACCGGCUCUGUAAAAUCUUCGUACCACACUCCACCCAGGGCAUUCAUUUUCAUAUACCCGAAGCGGAAAUAUUCAGGUUCCUCCGCCCUGCGUCUCGUCCAAUUGAACGAUUCUACUGACCCAUCCCCUGACCGGAAAGCACGGAACCUCUCCACAUCAUUGACAAGUACACUAAUCCCAUCCGCCUCGUCAGUUAUAUCCUUCAGGAAAGUGAA